GACUGGCCAUUAUGGAGGAGGAGCUGCAGCAUUCACACUGUGUGAACUGUGUCAGUAGACGAUGUAUGACCAGACCGGAGCCUGGGAUUUCCUGUGACUUGAUUGGCUGCCCAUUGGUUUGUGGCGCAGUUUUCCAUUCUUGUAAAGCUGAUGAGCAUCGACUUUUAUGUCCAUUUGAACGAGUGCCUUGUUUAAAUAGUGACUUUGGAUGUCCGUUUACCAUGGCCCGAAAUAAAGUUGCUGAACAUUUAGAAAUGUGUCCUGCAAGUGUGGUGUGCUGUACUAUGGAAUGGAAUCGAUGGCCAGUUAGUUAUGCAGACCGGAAGUCAUAUGAAAAUCUAAGCAGAGAUGUUGAUGAAGUGGCACAAUUAGAUAUGGCCUUGGCUCUUCAAGAUCAAAGGAUGCUCUUAGAGUCUCUUAAAGUAGCCACCAUGAUGUCAAAGGCAACUGAGAAAAUAUCUGAACCUAGAGAACAAAUCUCAGUAAAAUCAAGUAUCCCAGAAAUACCACAUGCUAAUGGGUUGGUGUCUGUGGAUGAAGAAUCAUAUGGUGCACUUUAUCAAGCUACUGUAGAAACAACCAGAAGUUUGGCUGCUGCUUUAGAUAUCUUGAAUACUGCCACAAGAGAUAUUGGCAUGUUAAAUACAGGUGUUUGUGCAUCCCCAAAUGAAAUGAAGAAAGAGCAAAAUGCAAGAGAAACCUUACAUGAUAGAAACUUAAAAGACCAAGACCAUCUUUGUGAGGAGGAGAUGGGAGCAGUCGGUGGAAUUGACCAUAAUGAUACAAACCAGAAUGCUCAGUCUGAACAAAAUGGUUCAAGUGAUUUAUUAUGUGACUUGAAUACAAGCUCUUAUGGCACUUCUGCUCUUUGUAAUGGCUUUCCUUUGGAAAAUAUAUGUACGCAGGUCAUAGACCAGAAUCAGAAUUUGCAUGGUGAUUCUAAACAAAGUACCUUAACAAAUGGGGAAUGUGUUGCAUCAGAUGGUGCUUCAAAAUCUUCCAGUGCACUUUCAGUAGCAGCACACCUUAGGGAAGUACUGCCUUCCAAUGCUUUGCCUAAUGGUACAAUUCAGCAUAUACUCAUGCCAGAUGAUGAGGAUGAAGGGGAAUUGUGUUGGAGAAAAGUAGAUUUAGGGGACUUGAGGAAUGUGGAUGUCUUGUCUUUCAGUCAUGCUCCUUCUUUCAAAUUUCUUUCUAAUUCCUGUUGGUCCAAACCAAAGGAAGAUAAAGCAGUAGAUACAUCAGAUUUGGAAGUUGCAGAAGAUCCUAUGGGCCUCCAAGGAAUAGAUCUAAUCACAGCAGCAUUACUAUUUUGUCUAGGAGAUUCUCCAGGUGGGAGGGGUAUAUCUGAUAGUCGCAUGGUUGAUGUUUAUCACAUUGACUUUGGGACUCAGACUUUUUCCCUUCCAUCUGCAAUAUUAGCUACAAAUACAAUGGUUGGGGAAAUAGCUUCAGCUUCAGCUUGUGAUCAUGCCAAUCCACAACUUUCAAAUCCAAGUCCUUUUCAGACACUUGGGCUGGAUUUAGUAUUGGAAUGUGUUGCCAGGUAUCAACCCAAGCAGCGUUCAAUGUUUACCUUUGUGUGUGGACAGUUAUUUAGAAGAAAAGAAUUUUCUUCACAUUUUAAGAACGUGCAUGGUGACAUUCAUGCUGGACUCAAUGGCUGGAUGGAACAAAGAUGUCCUUUAGCUUAUUAUGGUUGUACCUAUUCUCAGCGUAGAUUUUGUCCAUCAACACAAGGAGCGAAGAUUAUACAUGAUCGCCAUUUGAGGUCAUUUGGAGUUCAGCCAUGUGUUUCUACAGUAUUAGUAGAACCUGCUAGAAACUGUGUGUUAGGAUUACAUAGUGACCAUCUAAGUAGUCUUCCUUUUGAGGUACUGCAGCAUAUUGCAGGCUUUCUUGAUGGCUUCAGUUUAUGCCAGCUCUCCUGUGUAUCCAGGUUAAUGAGGGAUGUAUGUGGCAGUCUGCUUCAGUCUCAUGGAAUGGUCAUACUGCAGUGGGGGAAAAAGAAGUAUCCAGAAGGAAAUUCAUCAUGGCAGAUAAAAGAAAAGGUAUGGCGAUUCAGUACUGCAUUUUGUUCUGUUAAUGAAUGGAAAUUUGCUGACAUCUUAAGCAUGGCUGACCACUUGAAGAAAUGCAGUUACAAUAUUGUAGAGAAACAGGAGGAAGCAAUCCCAUUGCCAUGUAUGUGUGUGACACGAGAACUCACUAAAGAAGGACGUUCACUGCGCUCAGUUUUAAAACCAGUACUUUAAAAACUGUAAUUUCACUUGCACCUACAUGCAAGCACCUAGUAUAAUUUCUUUGUAAUAUGUGAUGCUUUAUUAAUGUAUUAAAGAUUACAACUAGCUAAAUUUAUUGUCACUAUGUAUAUAAUGUUUUGAAGUGACAUAUAUUUUUAUAAAGUACUGUUUAGUUGGAAAAAAUUGCCUUAAUGUUUGAAAUGUGUGAAAUUUUUGGAACUUGCUGGACAGGGUGAUUUAAUUUAUCUACAUUAUUUUCAGAAUAGUAUUUUUAAUGGUGUGCAUAUUUUGGUUCUUAAAAUUUUUUGCUUCUUAGACUAACAAGAUCCUGACCAAUUUAUUACUCAUAUUUUCUGUGGGUUAUAGCCCAUGCAAUCAAAAAGCAAAACUUUGAUUCAAAAUUUUGCAGCAUAGGUUUUUUGGAUAAAAACAUUCUCAAUUGCUUAAGCACUGCCAUAAGAUCAUUAUAAAGUUUUCAUUUUUUAGUGUUCCCAUUAUAUAAUUGUUGAUUUAUAGAUGAUUUCUAAUAUAUACUGAAAUAUUUAAGAUCAUGACUAAAGUUUGGUAAUGCUAUUUAUCAUGUUUUAAAAAUAACCCACAGAGAUUUUUUUCAUCUUAUGCACUUAACAAUUCUUAUACAGAGUGACCAUAUGCAGCUUUCUUUUUGUUAAAUGCCAUAUCCAAAGACUCAUGGCAGUGUGUUAUAUGACAGGUUAAAGCAAAAAUAAACUAGCAAAAAGCAAGCCUGUGAAUUUAAUUUGAGACUUUUCAUGGGUAAAACAUAUUUGCUAGGUACUUAAUGUUUGAAAAGAAAAUGUACCUCAUUUUAAGUUUGAAUUUGGCAUAUUGUGUGAGUAAAUUUUAAAUAUUCAGACCGCAAAGGGUUUAACUAUUCUUUUCAUAAGCAUUUAAAAUUUUUGCCUUUUGAUGUUUGUAAAAAUUACAACUAUGUUGUUCUAAAACAUUUAAAAAUGUGAAAUUUGGCAUCUUCUUUGUAAGAUGACAAUCAUGCAGAAACCUGUUUGGUUGACAAUCUCUCCAGAGCGUUUCCAGUUUAAUUUUCCAUAGACUUCUCUACCAAGAAAGUAAGAAUUGCAUCUUUGCAUAAAGAUCAAGGUACAAUAGAAAAAUACUCAAAGGCUUAUUCUUGAAGUAUUUUAUUAUAGCUUUCUAAUUGAUUUAGACUAUUCACCUUAUAUGGUCAGUUGAAAAAAUGAAUAUAUCAGUAUUUAGAAAUAAAUUGCAAAGAUGGACAUACACUUAAAUUUGGUAGUCUGAAGUAGCGACAAAUUACUUUGUUAUAAUUGUCAAAACGCUAUUGUGUUUUCUCUUCCAACAUUUGUCCCUGAGUGUGCUCUAUGGUUACUAGGUUCUUGAUUCCCAUAUAUGGCAGUAAGGCCAGGCAGAGGCCUUCUUUGGACAUUAGAGAAGAAUUCUAAACUGCUUAAGACUUGUUUUGGUUGGAUCAAGUCCUUAGUUUAGUUGAAAAAUACAGUAUUAAAGACUAAUCAGAUGUUUUGCCUCACCUGUCAUUUUAAUUCAUAUAAUACUUAUAUCUCAGUGCUUAAACCUUCUUUUUUAACUGAGAUUAAGUUGCAUAAACAAUCUCUAUUUCUGUGAAAAAGCCAGAAAUAAGAUAUCAAAUACUGUAAAAUAUAACUCUGCCUUUUAAAGUUUUGCUGAAGAAUGUGUCUGUGGUUAGGAUAGCACAAGCAUUAACUUUUGUUUUAUAAUGAUGCUUUUUAAAAUUUCUUGUUUUUAAAUUUAGACUUCUUAUUUUCACACUGGAUCAUGAGAUAAAAUAUUUUUUUCACUUUAUAUUUCUUUUACACAUCUUUUGCUGUUUUGUUUUGUUUUGUUUGUUAUGCCACCAUGCCAUUUUGUUAAAAUGUUUUCUUUGUGAGACAUUUGUUUAAGUUCUAAUAAAAUAAAUGUUUUCUCUUUAUAUGGCUCAGUAACUUAAAAAAUCACUUUUAUUUAAAUAAAAUUUUAAUACUUGUUUGACA